AUGUCGAAGUCGCAUUCCAAGAAGAAGAUAUUUUUGAGUGAAAAGGAGGAGCUUGAUUUCCGCCUCAAUGAAGUUGACACGUUGUCUACGAAGAUGGAAGGGUUUCUUGAAAACGAUAACAUGCAGCAUGCCCUUGAUAUCGCUUGCCAGAUCUGUGAACAUCUUCGAGACGCCACUUUCUCUCCAAAAAGUUAUUACGCGCUCUAUUUAGAGGUUCAGACGAAGUUCGGCGUCUUAGCGUCAUACCUUCGUAAUAAAACCGGGAAGGUGUUGAUAACUUAUUACGAGAAAGUGCAAUACUUUAGCCACGUUAUUCCACGACUUUACUUGAUGUGUACUGUUGGAUCGGCCUGUAUUUUCCAAAAGAAGGUCUCUGUCCCCGACUUCUUACAUGACUUGACUGCUAUGUGUAAGUCAGUGCAAAACCCUAUUAGAGGACUCUUCUUGAGAACGUAUUUACUCGACACAUUGAAACCCGUCUUGCCCGAUAUCAACUCCAAAAAAGACGACGGGUGUUUGGAGGAUUCAACGGAAUUUUUGAUUGAAAAUUUCACAGAGACGAACAAACUGAAUCACCGACUUGCCAACAAAGACAAAGAAAGUCAAACCCAGUUGUGUCAGUUAGUAGCUAAAAAUUUGAGUGUCUUGGCUGGGUUAGAGGGAAUCUCAAUGGAAAGUUACAAGACGACAAUACUCCCGCAAAUACUGUUACAGAUAUCAGUCGGCGGAGAUGAUGUUGCGCAAAUGUAUUUGAUGGAUGCCGUCAUCAAUGUCUUCCCUGUCAAAAUGCAUUUAUACACAUUGAAACCAAUCGUGCGGACGGCAGUUACAUUGCCACAAAAUGUCGAUGUGUCCAAAUUGUUCAAAGAGAUCAUCGAGAAGUUAGUCAUUUACAUCGACACUGUUAAGGAAGACCAAACGGAGAUAUACGACAUUCUUGACGAUGGGAUGAAGGAAGUGUUUUUGCAUGAGAAAAAUACCAAAGAGAAUGGCCUUCAGUGGAUCAAAGAAUUUGUUGUUCUAAUGAAAAAGUGGUAUGGUGUUCAAAAGGCUUUCAAUAUUGACAAGAAGACAAUAAAGAAAGUCGUUGAGUUUUGUCUGACGAAGAAACAGCCCAAUGACACGAAGAGUUCGACAGAGAACGUCACCGGAAAGGAUGAACCUUGGAACACACAUGUUGUUGCUUUCAUUGAAGCCAUUUGUGUCCAUCAAAAUAUUUUAGAUGUCAUUCAAAUGGAUGGUACUUUAGAUUUGAUCGAAAGCAUCGGGUUGAGUUCACGACAUCUCCUCCAAAAACGGAUAGUUGAAUUGUUCAUAACGAGUGGUCUCCCCGUCUCCAAUUCGGAGGACUUCACUCUCUUUAUUAAUGCAACAAAUUUGAUCCAUCGAGAUGGCGAAACAGUGAACUUAGAAACGAUUCGAGAAGACUCGAGUUUAUCUGCGGCAUUUAUUCAACGUCUUUCAAUACACAAUCCUGAAGAAAUGAUGGCAACUUUGCGAGAGAUGAAAGGAAUAAUAUCUGUCAGUUGUGCGUUACGAAAGAAGAUUGUCCUUCCUGCGCUUUGUUUCAAAAUUUUGCAAAUCACGCCGAAGUCAAAGAAUGUGUUUGUUGGAGCGCUCGACGUUAUUAAAAUAUUAGUCAAGCAGAACGAGAGUCUUUUGGCCCUUCGUCUUGCGUUGUGUUGCUCGAUGCACCAAAACGAGAACGACGUUGAUGUCUCCGCAUUUUUUGAGUAUGCGCUUUCGCUCUUUGAAAACAACAUCACCGCUCCACAAGACAAGAAAAGUGCGUUUGAGAUGAUUGUGGGCACCGUGUGUUUCCUUCGUAUCGACGAUAAAGAGAAGUACAUCCAAAUGGCAACACAAGUCACAAAAUACUCACAAACGCUUGAGGACAUCCCGAGUAAAGUCGCGUGUAUAGCAAUGAGUAGUGCAAUGUGGGUGAAAAGGGAGCAAGACGUUUCUAAGUCGAAUUGUGUUCAAUGUCUCCAAAAGGCGUUGAAAGAAGCAAAUCUCUCUUCAGAUAACGUCGCACUCUUUGUCGACAUAUUGAACCGCUACAUUUGUUUGUUCAAAUACGGACAAACCGAUUUGAAAAAGUACAUAGUCCAGCUCGUCGGUGUUAUUAAAGAGAACAUCGGAACAAUUAAAGAACAAACGAUCGUCAAAUACUUCGAACAGACAUGUCUCUACAUCUGCGAUUUGUUGAAUUGA